AUGAAUAUCAAAAUUGAUACAUCUCUUGAAAAUGAUGUCCAAGAACUUUUAUACCAAAGUCCGGGAAAGUCUAUUCCUGGAAUGAUUUCAGAAUAUCAGCAAAAAGAUGAUGAAUGGACUCCUUUCUUUUGGAUUAAGAAAGCUAAUCUAAAUCCACGGGUUCAUACAUUUAUUUGGAGAGCUUUCAAUAAUGCAAUACCAACUUUUCAUUUCCUGAAGCAUAGAAAAUUAAAAGACAAUGACCUUUGUCCAAGAUGCAAUGCUGGCAAAGAAGAUUUAGAGCAUAUUAUCGGUGGGUGUUUGAAAAUCAAAGAGGUUAUCACAAUUAUAAAAAGCUGGGGAUUUGUUUUGCCAGAUUUCAAUAACAUUCAAGAUUGUUGUAAAUGGAUUCAUAAUAUCCACAAGAGUAAAGGUAUGAUAUUAAAUCUCUUCUUUAAUGUCAUGUAUUAUUCAUGGAAAGCUAGAAACAAGUUGAUACACGAAGGCUAUAAUGAAAGUGCAAUCUCUAUUGCUGUACAAGCUAUCAGUCAGAUUUCUUAUUCUAAGAUUAUUUUUAAUCAAUUGCCGGAAUUAUGGGAUGUUAAUCAGUCUCCUAGACUGUUCAAUACUUGGCAUCCCCCUCCACCCGGUUGGUUAAAAAUCAAUGUAGAUGCUACUCUUUCAUCUUCGUACAAAGCAGGAGUUGGAGGCAUAAUUAGAGAUUGUAAAGGAAGAUUCCUUUUGGCUUUCGGAAAUACUUGCAUUCAUUGGGAUAUUUAUCAAUUGGAACUCUUGGCAAUCAAAGUAUUGAGGAAUGUUAUCAAAGAUUGGAUGUUCAAGUACAAAUGA